AUGACGACGCGGCUGGACUCGUGGCUGGCACUGACCGAGGAGGAUCCCAUUGAGCCGGAUAUGCCCAUCCUUGAUCCGCACCAUCACUUCUGGGAGCGCCCCGACAAUGUAUAUCUGCUGGAAAACCUUCUGGGGGACGCGAGGUCGGGCCACCGGGUGAACCAGACCGUGUUCGUGGAGUGCCACUCCCAGUACCGCACCGACGGGCCGGUGGAGAUGCGGUCGGUGGGCGAGGUGGAGUUCGUCGAGGGAAUCGCCGCCGCCAACGUUGCUGCGGGCAACGAGAUUGCCGUGGCCGCCGCGAUAGUGGGCAACGGGGACCUGAUGCUGGGCUACGGAGUGGAGCCGGUACUGGAGGCGCUGAACGAGGCGGGCAAGGGGCGGUUCCGUGGGAUACGGUGCACCGCUGCGUGGGACGCCAGCCCGGAGAUCAACGUGGCGCGAGCUAACUCGGCGGGGAUGCUGGCGGACGCCAACUUCCGCCUGGGGCUGGCCUGCCUGGAGCGGAUGGGGCUCACGUUCGACUGCAUCGUGUACCACCCGCAGUUGCCGGAGGUGGCGGACAUGGCGCGAGCGUUCCCCGACCUGACCAUCAUUCUGAACCACGUGGGACGGCCGCUGGGCAUCGGGCCGUACGCCGGGCGGCGCGAGGAACUGAUGCCGGAGUGGCGCGCGGGCAUCGAUGCGGUGGCCGAGUGUCCGAACGUGGUGAUGAAGGUUGGGGGAAUGGGCAACCCGAUCAGCGGCUCGAAAGGGCACACGCGUCCGUUCCCGCGGGAUCGCGAGAAAUUGCCGCCUCGG